CUCUCUCCUAUUAUUUGAGUGGCUGCAGGUAUUGGUGUCUGCCUCUAUGCCUCUGUGCCGAAGGGAUAAAGAGAGAAAGACAGAGUACUAGUGCUUCAUAUCCCCCCUCUGGCCUCCCCGUCUCCCUGCUCCUUGUCACUCCAUCCUUCCUUCCCUCCCGGACCACCCGUCAGCAGCUGGAUCAACCUGCCUGGACCCUCCUCCCACAACCCCUUUGACUAUCCUCACUUCACCAUCCCGUCUUGUCAACUGUGUGCAGAAGGAAGAACGCAUCAUAGGGGUUUGAAACAACAUGAGGGAAUUUCUCAUUGUUUGAAGUAGAAGUUUGGACCUGACAGUGCAGUCACAAACAAUCUUGAUUUGGAAGAGCAGAAGAAAACCUAUAAAUAUUUUAAGCAUAAGCCUCUUUUACAGAGUAUAAGUGACAAGUUGCUAAGGUGAGAUACACUGGACAGACGGAUUACUCCCAAGUCCUCUGGAAGUGCGCUAGCACGUGGUCACAUGACCUGGAAGAGAAAACCCAAGAGACCUGUGGGAUCCCUCUCUGAAUGGGCCAGUUAUCAACCUGGAAAGAAGUCUAAAGGCUGAUGAACUGAUCCGCACAGCAACACAGCUGCGCUCUCUUCCCCUCUUUGUCUGUCCAAUCUCUCCAUUUAUGUCCUGAGAUCUGCAACUUUCUGCAACUCUGGUGACUGGUUGGCUGCUGUACCAUCAUUCUCGUCCUGCUCCUGGGAAUUUCCUGUCACGUGACCAUAUUCCUGCUUCACCUCCACUCCUAGAAUGGAACCCAACAAAGUCCAGUCAGAGGGCGGCCUGAAUGUGACCCUGACCAUCAGGCUUCUCAUGCACGGCAAGGAAGUCGGAAGCAUCAUUGGAAAGAAAGGGGAAACUGUGAAGAAGAUGCGUGAAGAGAGUGGUGCUCGCAUCAACAUCUCAGAAGGAAACUGUCCUGAAAGGAUCGUCACCAUCACUGGACCUACAGAUGCCAUCUUCAAGGCCUUCGCUAUGAUCGCAUACAAGUUUGAAGAGGAUAUAAUCAACUCCAUGAGCAACAGCCCAGCCACCAGUAAGCCCCCUGUGACUUUGCGUCUCGUGGUGCCAGCCAGUCAGUGCGGCUCCCUCAUUGGCAAAGGAGGCUCAAAAAUCAAAGAGAUGAGAGAGUCCACAGGAGCUCAGGUGCAGGUAGCAGGGGACAUGCUGCCCAACUCCACAGAGCGUGCAGUGACAAUCUCCGGCACCCCGGAAGCCAUCAUCCAGUGUGUCAAACAGAUAUGUGUGGUCAUGCUGGAGUCCCCACCGAAAGGUGCCACCAUUCCCUAUCGCCCAAAGCCCGCCUCCACCCCCGUCAUUUUUUCAGGUGGCCAGGUAAGAGCCGACCCGCUGGCGGCGUCCGCAGCAAACCUCAGCCUUUUACUGCAGCACCAGCCACUGCCUGCCUACACAAUUCAGGGACAAUAUGCCAUUCCACACCCAGAUCAGUUGACCAAGCUCCACCAGUUGGCUAUGCAGCAAACCCCCUUUACCCCCCUUGGACAGACCACCCCUGCUUUCCCUGGUCUGGAUGCCAGUCCCCCGGCCAGUACUCAUGAACUCACCAUUCCCAAUGAUCUAAUAGGCUGCAUAAUCGGGCGCCAGGGAACCAAAAUCAACGAGAUCCGUCAGAUGUCUGGAGCGCAGAUCAAAAUCGCUAAUGCCAUGGAAGGGUCAUCAGAGCGCCAGAUCACAAUUACAGGAACCCCCGCCAACAUCAGCCUUGCCCAGUACCUCAUCAACGCAAGGUUCAGAGACGUGGCAGCCAUGUGGACUGACCCUUCAUCAAUGACAACAUCCUGAAGCCCCAAACUUCUUUCAUUAUCUGAAGCUAUCAACAGCUGAUUCCCAAUAAACCUUACACAAAAUCCUCCCUUAGAACUCACCUACCCUUCCCCCUUAAACCCCAUUGUCAAUUUCAUCAGUAGCUACACUCAUAUAGGCAGACUACUGAAAUAAUAAAAAACAAAAGAAGAAGAAGAAGAAAAAAAAACAGUGAAACGCAGGAAACAUGUAUUAUGAUUUGUUCAUGUUAUGCAGUGUUUCAGUGUAGUGUUUUAGCAUGCUGAAUGCUUGGAUUUCGUAUAUUUAUUUAUUAUUUUAAAUUGGUAAGAUUAGUUGAGUAUGGUUGCUGAAUAAGUUGUGUGAUUUGUCAGAAAAGCCUAACAAUGUAAAAAAAAAAAAAAAAAAUGCAAAUGAUUAAAAAGGAAUUGCUUCCAAUUGCUUUUUUAGCAAUGCUGUUGGCAAGGAGCUAGUGAUGCAAUUUUGUAAGGAUGUUGUAAUGGAGUACAAACAACUUGAGAGGAUGAUGGACAUUUAUUUAGAGGUGAAAAAGAUAUAAUCACACAAGACAAAGCUUGGUUGUUUCCAGCUUGACAGAAUCUGUAGAAGUGUUUGAGUGUUAUGCAGAAACAUACUAAACACGGAGAGCAACAAAGCGGAAAUCUUUAUUGUACAGUGUCAAAUGCUUUCAGAAUUAUUUUAUGUUAUCAAUUUUUUUUUUCUAUCUUUUCCAUCCCCUUUCCCCUUUUUCCUCUCCCCUUAAAUAUUCUAGGCUGACGUCUGAGGUCACUGGAAUGGGCACGCUCUAAUUUCUUCCCAUGAUCCUUCACUGCAUCACAUGACCCUUGAGCCAAUGGCAUUGCACCUAGUUUGUUUAUUUCUCUGUACUAUGCUGUCCUGUAUUUUCUGUAAUAAUGACUAAUUUAUAUUCUGUAAUGUGCACAUAUUUAAGAACCCCCUCCUACGUGUGCUCCUGAUGAUCCUUACUUAUUUCCUGUUUCUUUUUUAGUACACUUUACGUUUUUUGACUCUCUAGUACCUCAUGUCACUCACUGGUGUCCUGUUUUGCCAUAGCUUUCACUGUGAAUUUACGUUUUGCUAUGUUUUCCAGUUCAUUUUCAAUGGUGUGGUCUGUAUUGAUGGUGCAAGCCAAUCAAAUCAUACAUUUUGCAAUCUCUCAUAAAAGGGAUAGUUCAGCCAACUUGAGCCAAUGACAGUUCUGUCGUCACUUACUCAGCCUCAUGUUUUAAACCCAUAUAACUUUGUUUAGUGGAACACAAAAUGAGAUUACUCCUAUACACUUUCAUUGUAUGGAAAAUAGAUGCAGUUACUGAGACUAACAUUCUACCUAACAUUUUCUUGAGUUCCACAGAAAAAAAAAAAGAAAGUUGUACAAGUCUAAAACAACACAAAGGUAAGUAAAUGAAGACAAAGUUGUAAUUUUUGAGUGAACUAUCCCUUUAAAUCACAUUGAAUUUGCAACUUUUAAUGCAACAGUCCUGUGCUUUAUUGUUUUAUGUUUUUUUUUAAACAGGACUUUGCUUACUUCGUACCUCAAAACAGUGCACCUCAUACAUGAAUAAUGAAACAAACUGAUAGAGUUAGAAUGUUUGCACCAUGCCUGUUUGUUUUGUUUGCAUCUGUCAUUGUGGCAUGCUUAGUAACACAGCAAAUCCAUUAUUAGCCGCUUGCAUUCACUUUCACAACAGAGGCGAUGAAAAAAAAUCAGCGUGAAAACAAAUGAAACGAGCUCACUGCUUCACUGCUUGCCAUGGCAUUUAAAUUCAGCCCGCAAUCCGAGUUUAUUUAAAUAAUUGAAUAUAUUACAGCAGAAUUAUUUUUAGAAUAUUUUUAUAUAUGCAAUGUGUUUUUUUAAGUUGUAUGACAAAUAUGGGGGGUUUAUUCCUUUGGAAGUGAAUACAAAUGUGCUGAUAAUUAAAUCUGCCCCAUACAGUCUCUGUGGUAGCAUUCGGCUACAGUGUUUUUUCACACUGUUCUCCAAUCUCUCACAAAAAUCAUAUUUGUCAGUCGAACAGAAAAGACAUGCACAAGCUCUGCAUUCAUCCAAUGAGACUAAAGUUUGUUCUCCACUGACAGCUUCUGAAACAUGCACAUGCAGUCGAUGCAGCUGCCAAGAUUCUGUUUCUGACACAUGGCAAAACAACAGAGCACUUUUAAAUUGUCCCAAGCCCACCUUAUCAAUAAGGCAGCAUCAUUUGUAUCUUGGGCUCUGGAAUGUUCUUGUGUUUAGGCCAGAAUUUAGAGUGACAGUUUGCCCUAAAAAUGAAAAUUCUGUCAUCAUUUACUCUCUAUUGAUUCAUUGCAUGGAAAAAAGAUGCAGUGAAACUGAAUGGUGACUGUGACUAAUAAUCUGCCAAUAAUCUCAGGUUCCACAGAAGAAAAGUAAGUCUUAUGGGUUUGGAACACAUGAGGGUGAGUAAAUUAUGACAGAAUUAUCCUUUUUGGGUGAACUGUCCCUUUAAGAUGUGCUGGCAGAAUUACCAAUAAUAUAAUUAUUUAAAUAUGAUUGUUUCUUUAUAACAGUUGUUUAUUUUUCAAUUAAGGCCGUUGUGUCUUUUAUUAUUAUUACUAUUAACCUUGAUUUUUGUAUGUCGCCUCCUGCUGAUGUAGCUUUACUGGUCUCUAAGUUGUAAUCACCUUUUUCUCAAAUGCAAAACCUAAUUUGAUUGAUUUAAGGCUGUUUAUGUUGCAUGUUAUGCUGUGAUUUAUUAUAAUUAAGCCUGAGUACACCGUAGAUGUGUACAGAUACUCUUUCCUAUUAUAUUAUCCACCUACUGAUACCUUCAAAUAUAAUUUCUUACAUUUAUAAUUAGUUCCAAGUUGUUUUAAUGGCUAAGUAUGUUAUUUCUGCACCACUAGUGGCACCAAACAGAAAUUGCAAUCUGUUUGUUUGACCGUCUCGACAAAAAAAGCAACAUUGACACAGCCAAUGCCGUGAGUUUGGGGUGGGACAACCUGUUUUGUCCGAGCAAUAUAGAUUAGUGUUUAAAACUUAUUUGAAAACAGUAAUUAUUGCAAUUCUGUUUGGUGUCACUAGUGGCGCUAGUGGCGCAGAAAUUAAACACUUGUAAUUGUUUUGUUGCUAUAGUUGAGCCAAUUUUUCCAGUAUUGAAAGGAAUAUUCUGAGUUCAAUACAAAAUAAGCUCAAUUGAUGACAUUUGUGGCAUAAUGUUGAUUACCACAAACAUUUUAUUUCCUUUUCUUUAAAAAAAAAGCAAAAAUCGAGGUUACGGUGAGGCACUUACCAUAGAAGUGAAUGGGGCCAAUUUUUGGAGGGUUUAAAGCCAGAAAAGUUAACUUAUAAUUUUAUAAAAGCACAUAUUAAUUCUUCUGAUAAAACUCAUGUAUUAUUUGAGCUGUAAAGAUGUUUAAAUUGUCAUUUUUACAGUCGUUUUAGGGAUUUAGAGUUUGUUGACAUUACAUUGUCAUAGAAACAAAGUUGUAAAAUUGGCUAACUUUACACUGAAAAGGUUAUUAAGUGAUUUUAUCACACUGAAAUCAUAUUGACAUGCAUAUUGUUCGUGUCUUGUGGCUAUGCUUUUGAAAAAGUGAGUAUUUUAACAUUCAAAAACUGGCCGCCAUUCAGUGCCUCACUGUAACCUCAAUUUUUGCUUUUUUUAAAGAAAAGGAGGGGCAAGUCAAAAUCAAUUAUUGUGAUAAUCAAUAUUAUGCCACAAAUGCUGUCAAUUGAGCAUAACUUGUUUGAACCCGGAAUAUUCCUUUAAGCCCUUUGAUUAAAUUCCAGACAUUUUCCCAAUUUUUCCUGGAGAUUGCAUACCAAUCAGAGGUCAUACUGAUUUACCCCUUUAUCCAAAUCUGAACUUUUUCAGUGGCUGCAAUCAAUAUGUAUUCCAUCCUCUACAUUUAACUGUCUAAUAAUGUGGUAUUGAGGCUGAAAGUUGAAUGUAACUGCUUCAACAUGUGAUUUGAUAUUGAAUUGAUAUUGCCAUUUUCCAAUUGCAUUGUAUUUACAUGAGAAUGUGUAAUCAUGCAUAUAGAAGUAAUAAUUUACUUUCCCAAUUUUAUAACAGAAAAUGCAUUCACACUGAGGUAAGCGGGUACAAAGGCAUGCAUUUGCAAGGCUUUGAAGCUAUAUUCUAUAUUCCCUUACCUAGUUUAGUACUUGUUGAAGCAGUAUCGCACUGCAGCCAAAUCAAGUAAUUAUUCAACACCAUAGUCAGGCAUAUUUAGAAUGUUGUCUGAUCCAUUUUUAGUUAUGUUUAAUUAUCAGCUAUGAGCACAGAACUUUUAUAAUACUGGAAUUCGAUCACAUAUAUGCACCUGGUCAUGUUAAGCCAGCCAGUCAUGACCAAAGUGAUGACAUUUUGUUGCUUUCAAAUGACUAAUUUAUCUGGAGUUAUACAACACAUUCUCUUCGUGUUUUAGAUUAAGCGUUCAGUUUUUUGUCACGUUUAGCAUAUGUUUUGCACUGCUUUGAAAUGUAAUAUUUGUGUCAGUGUCUUAGACUCUGUUAAACAUUAAGUUAGAUUGUAUGUUUACACAAGACUAUGUCUUGUAGUAUUUGUAUGGAAUGUUUUAUUUGACGUUAUUAUGUUUAGUCCAUAGUGUGCUGUACUCUAGAUGGCUGUACAGAAGCAUAUUAAUAUUCAAACAGCAGCAUGCAUAACUGUGACAUUUCUCGUAGCAGAAUGCUUUACCAAGGGAGGCUAUUGUUAUUUUUUAUUACUAUUGUCAUUGCUAUUCAUUCAUUUCACAAAUGCAAUAAAAUAAAUGUCCGUGUAGGACUGCAGUGAUGUGUUAGAAUUGUUCAACUGUUUGGUGGAAAACAAAGAAAGGCAUUGCAAACUGCUUUUAUAUUUUUACAUAUUUCAUAUUUGCCUAGCCUCAUGACAUCAUGAUAUUGUUCUCAUCCAAAUCAUGUGUUUGAUUUGCACUCAUAACUCUAAUAACACAUUAAUUUACACUGUACACAUUCACACUCAUCACAUUCAUUUUGUUGGUCAUGCAGUUUUUCAUUGUACUAGAGCAGCAAAAAGAAAAAAGAGCCCUCUACUACCUGUUAGCGCUUCUGUAAAUGAUUCUGUUUGAAGAUGUAAUAAAGAGUAAUUAUUUUAUGUCGGACUAUUUGCUGCUUGCAGGUCUAUAUUAGAUUCAAAUUACUGCUGAGGUAAGGUUAACUUUUAAAUGUUUUGUAAAAAGGAGAGAAUAAAGUUUGUUUUUUUUCCCUUAAA